AGUUCAGACUGGAGCCAGACCAGUGCAGUCGAUCCAGAAAGAUGUGUUGACAGUCUGGAGGGCGACGGAAGUUUCCAGCAUCCUCAUCAGUAAACUUAUGGUUCGUGUGUCUUUCAGGUCUGUUUCAUGCUGGACUCACUAAAGAGGAGGGCCUCCAUGUUAACACAGACCGACCCCAGCUGCUAUGUCCUAUACCUCAACAUCCACUGGCUGUGGUGGUGAUGUUGCAGCUGACAUGGCAACCCAGGCGUCCGAGCAGGCUCUGCUGGCCUCAGACCGCUACGCCAGACUCAUCCUGGCCCAGAUGAACAAGAUGCGGCUCCGCACCGAUUUUUGUGAUGUGGGGCUGAGGGUUGGCAGCCGGGUUUUCAGGGUCCACAGACUGGUGCUCGCUGCCAGCAGCCCUUACUUCUCCGCCCUGUUCUCCGGGAGGAUGAGGGAGGCGGAUAAGGAGGAGGUGCAGAUCCUCGGAGUGGAGACUGAAGUCUUUGACGUUUUGCUGGACUUCAUAUACACAGGCGUGAUCAGUGUGACAGUGGAUAACGUCCAGGAGAUGAUGGUGGCAGCAGACAUGCUGCAGUUGAACGAGGUGGUGUCUAUCUGUGGAGAGUUCCUCAAGGGCCACAUGGACCCAUCCAACUGCGUGGGCAUCUUUCAGUUCCUGGAGCAGAUUGCCUGCAUGGACAUGUUGGAGUUUACUGAGAACUACAUCCAUGUUCACUUUCUGGAGGUGUGUGUCACCGAUGAGUUCAGAGGCUUGUCAAAGGAUCAGCUGGUGAGGCUGCUAAGAAGUGAAGAGCUGAGAAUUGAGGAUGAGUACCAGGUAUUUACUGCAGCCAUGGACUGGGUUCUCCAAGAUGUGGCAAAAAGGAAAAAACAUGUAGUGGAGGUGUUGGAACCUGUCCGCUUCCCUCUGCUUUCUCCACAGAGACUGUUCAAGUACAUAGAGGGUAUUACAGACUUUAGCCUGCGGGUGGCACUGCAGACUCUGCUGAAGGAAUACACUGAAGUCACAAAGUCUCCCAAAGAAAAUAAACUGUACAGUCAGCAACAACCAGCCAAAAUGAGACCCAGAAGAAAAGCCAGGAAAUAUCUCUAUGCCAUAGGAGGCUACACUCGGUUGCAGGGCGGCCGCUGGAGUGACAGCCGGGCACUGAGUUGUGUGGAGCGCUUCGACACCUUUAACCAGUACUGGACCACGGUGUCGUCCCUGCACCAGGCCCGCAGCGGGUUGGGGGUCGCAGUACUGGAGGGCAUGAUCUAUGUGGUGGGAGGGGAGAAAGACUCAAUGAUUUUUGACUGCACUGAGAGAUAUGACCCAGUGACCAAGCAGUGGGCCGCUGUGGCAUCUCUGAACUUUCCGCGCUGUGGAGUUGGUGUCUGCCCCUGCCACGGAGCUCUGUAUGCACUUGGUGGUUGGAUUGGCUCUGAGAUUGGGAAGACCAUGGAGCGAUACGACCCGGAGGACAACAAGUGGGAGGUCAUCGGCAGCAUGGCGGUGCCUCGCUACUAUUUUGGCUGCUGUGAGCUACACGGGUUUAUUUACGUGAUUGGAGGAAUCAGUGAUGAAGGAAUGGAGCUGCGUUCAGCCGAGGUGUAUGACCCCAUCUCCCGCCGAUGGAGCGCUCUGCCCGUCAUGUCCACGCGUCGGGCCUAUGUGGGCGUCGCCUGCCUCAAUAACUGCAUUUACGCGGUGGGCGGCUGGAACGAGGCACUCGGUGCACUGGAGACCGUGGAGAAGUACUGUCCAGAAGAGGAGAAAUGGGUUGAAAUGUCUCCAAUGUCUACUGCUCGUGCAGGUGUGUCAGUGUCAGCUGUUAAUGGGCUGCUGUACGCCGUUGGUGGCAGGGCCGCCAGCCGAGACUUCUCUGCCCCGGUGACGGUGGACUCUGUGGAAAUCUAUGACCCUCAUCUGGAUACCUGGACUGAAGUUGGCAACAUGAUCACCAGCCGCUGUGACGGCGGGCUGGCCGUGCUCUGAUAGCCAGGAAUAUUCAAAAUGUGGACAUCCAUAUCAGCACUUGAAUCAUCCCAAAACUGCAUUGACUGAAAAAAAGCUGCACCUUAAGAAACACAAAAUUGUGUUUCUGUCAAGUAGGCGUUCACCCGAUUGUAGAUGUUAUUUAUACAUGGAUUAGACAUGUCUUUCCGUUUUAUUUGUCGAGAACAUUUUACAUUAAUUGAAAAUAUAACAGCAGAUCUGAAACUAGAAAAACGUCUUACACGACUCGUCCGUCUCUAUUUUGAAUUGACUAAAUACCUUUACAGAAAUAUCAGUGGAAACAAAGAUAUUUUUCAUAGCAGAGGAGUUCUAGCUUGGACAGUUCUGCUUCUCAAGUCGUUUCUUUUGGGAUCUGUUCUUGGACAAGAAGUGAAAGCACUCUUUAUUUUUUCUCCAGAAAUGUUUGAAAUGAGUGCGUUGCUACUUGAAAGAUUUAUCAAACCACUUGAGCCUGUUUUAUAAUGGAACCAAACUUCCAUGGUAAGUGGUUCCUGUAAACAGCACACCACUGUUGUCCCACUAGUGCAGUUAUCACUAAUUUCCACUGGAUUAUUUUUGUAUAUAUGAUACUGUAUAUAAUAGUGCCUCUUAAUCAAUAUUUACACUCAAUCGAGCAAUUGGUUGUCCUGUCAUUUCACUCAUCAGUUUCACGUGACAUUACUCAAAUUUAGAUUUUAACGUUCCGAUGUCGAGAUACACAACAUCAUUAUAAGACAAUGUCCAUACCAUUAUGAAGAAAUAUUUCUUUAAGUUAUCUCAUGUUUCCUCUUUGGAUGUUGGAGUUCAUCACGGUUGCUGACUGACUGAAGUUACAGUAUUUCCUAGCAAUACUAAUAGCAUCUUUUAUUGAUUGCUUUUCAAACUUAAUAAAAUGGUAAUGUUCUUUCUGGGUUUAAACUUCACCUACAGUACCUCUCUCCUUACUUUGGAUAGUUAGGCUCAGGGCCUCCUCCAGUGUAACAUCACAUUGAUUUUGCACAUACAAGACAAACACAUCUGAUUUGACAGUUCAAAGACAUUUUCUGCACCGUGCAAACAAGAACAUGUUCUGCACCGUUUACGUAACCAAUUAAAAGUCAGGUGUCUGAAUCAUAUUGUAAACUAACAGAUCGGUAAGGAGGUUUUUGAACAGUUAAAAAUAGUAACUGAACUAUACUGACUUGUAUCAGUUUGGAGUUGUAAAAGAAAGGUAUGCAAAUAGUCCAAUGUUUAUUGUCCCCAAGUUGCAUAUGAAAAAUUGCCAUAUUCAAACACAUUUCAAUAAUGGUACUUGUGUCCAUUCUUUUUACAGCAAAGAAUGAUUUUACAAAUGUUUUCUGAUAAAUGUUUCAUUUCAAAGUCUGUCUUGUUUUAUAUUUUAAAACUAGCUGGAAAAUUAUGUGCCUAUUUUUCAACUGUUAUUCAGCUUCUAAAUGAUAUACUACAUCUAUACAUGUCACACUUGUCCCAAAAGAUAUUAAAAGUGUUAGAUGUGGUAAAAGUA